AAGCAACACAACGGAAAUUGGCAACCAAAGCGGGUGUGAAUCCUUCGGCAGUGAUAAAACAGUUAAUGUCAGUGUGUAAAAUGUAUUUGGAACACUUAUGGACUACCAUUUAACUCUUGGACUUCUAUAAAAAUGCCAGUGUGUGUGUGGUCGUGCAUGUGUGAAAACGCAAAUGCGGGUUAGAACCGUGAGCGCAAUGGAAUUGGAAGCGUUGAGGCGCAUAAACGGAAACAAAUUUAUAUUGAUAAGAAAUGGGUUAUCUAGUAUCUGUUGCGAUGAUGGAUAAGUUUAGACAUAUGUUACUUUUUAUGAAAAAGGAAUAAGUGGUGACAGUUACGGAUUAGAUAUUGAAACAAAACAAACAAACAUGCUCAAACAUGAGUGAUGACAAGAAUAAUAAUAUGUGGUCAUACAAAAGGAUAUAAUAAUAUGCAUACAUACAUAUGUGGUGAUUUAUAAGUUUCAUUUGAGAUAAUCAAUAUGACUUAUAACGAGCAAGCGCAAAGUAUAAGCGCGCCACCUGACGUUCCAGUGGUGGAUAUGUUCAGUUCGUUUGCGCCCGUUGGUGAACUGCAAGAUGACUCAUCAUCUCUUACGGAUUAUCUUGAAGUGAAUUUUGGUAAUGCCACGCCGGAUUCGAACACAAGCCUCUUCGGUAUGCAAAGUAAGGGUUUAGUCGAGCGUUUUACACGAAAUCGUGCGAUCACCGAUCAAUGGCACUAUAUAUUGAUCAUCAUAUAUGUAUCAAUGAUUUUAUUAGGCGCCGUGGGCAAUAUACUGGUUGUUAUGGCGGUUGUGGGGAAGCCAAUUAUGCGUACAGCGCGAAACUUAUUCAUAUUGAAUUUGGCGAUUUCGGACUUACUCUUAUGCGUUAUUACCAUGCCAAUAACAUUGUUGGAAAUACUUUCGAAAUACUGGCCGUUCGGUAUGAUUGAAGUGCUGUGUAAAUUGGUUGCUAUGCUGCAGGCGGUGAGCAUUUUCGUGUCGACGAUUUCAAUAACAGCCAUUGCAUUUGACAGAUAUCAGCUUAUCGUGUAUCCGACGAGGGAAAGCCUUCAAUUCGGUGGUGUAAUAGGUAUACUCGCAGGCAUCUGGAUAUUUGCCGUGCUGCUGGCGAGUCCACUCUUCAUUUACAAGCGUCUAGAACAAGCGGAAAUUCCGCCAUUACUGCAAGAGUUGGGCAUACAUGAAGUUUGCUUCUGUGUCGAGGAUUGGCCCGUUAGCAAUGGACGAUUUUACUAUUCGAUAUUUUCCGCAUGUGUGCAAUAUUUGGUGCCAAUAGUGAUAGUAUCUGGAGCGUAUUUUGGUAUUUAUCGAAAAUUACGCAGUCGCACUGCGGUCGUGGCAAUGCAAACACCACAACGUAAGGCCGAACGUGGCCGACGUAUGCAACGUACAAAUUGCUUGCUAAUAACAAUCGCAAUGAUUUUCGGCAUAUCAUGGAUGCCGUUGAAUGUUUACAAUUUAUAUGCGGAUAUGCGUAGUCCAGUCGCGGUGACGGAGCGUAUGCUGGUCGUGUACGCCUUCUGUCAUAUGCUCGGCAUGAGUUCCGCUUGUACAAAUCCGCUGCUCUAUGGAUGGCUGAAUGAUAAUUUCCGUAAAGAAUUUACAGAAUUAUUAUGUCGUUCUAAAGAAAACACUAAUGUUGCUCUUAAUGGUCACACGACAGGCAGUGGACAGACGCGUCGAAGACGAAAGCAUGCCGAAAUAUCCAAAGGUGAUUUGAAGUUGUUGCCGAAUAAUAAUGGCGUUGGCUUGCGGAGUGUCAUUACCGAGUCGAUAGCAUUGACGGAGAAUCCGAUUUCAACUGAAGUCACCACAUUGACAGCGGCUCAGUAUAUGCUGAAUACGGAUGUUAUUUAAUAAGUCUACAGCGCGUAUGUACGUGGGUGCGUUCGUGUUUUGCGUCAACAUAAGAGAAACUCUCUCACCAAAGUGUAUACCAAAACAUACAAGUAUGCGUUACAUAGGAGUUUGUCAUGAAUGAAUGAAGAAAUACUCGAUGGCGCAAAUUACUGAGAAAACGAAAUGAAGGGAAGAUAUACAAAGUUGAAAUGUAAAUGAAACACGCAAAAAAAAAGCAAAUUUGAGUGAUAUGUUAUGUGAAUCAAGUUUGUAAGUAUUAGUGUAAGAUUUCAAGUACA